AUGCCCAUCUCAAUCUCCUCCGACAUCAUAUCGAAAGAACAGCUUCUAAAAGCUCAGGACUACAUCACACAAAACAGAGUAACCUGGUCCUUCAGAAGCGCCACUCAUUCCUUCCUACCCCUUCCGUACAUCAAAGAACUCGCUACAUAUGCGAACAUCAAGGCAUUCUCCGACCAGGACAUGGGCCUCUUGACUCACAACUUACCAGAGAACUCUCGCGAUUUUUUCAUCAACAAGGUAUUCAAGUUGGGCCAGCAGUGUUUCGUUGCCACCCUAGCAGCCGGCGGGAACAUGCACUUUCUCUGGACACUCAUGAAUCACUACGAGGACGAGAAACUGCCUGUCAAGGAAAAUUUCGCCGUUGAUGAUGAAUUUCAAGCCGGACUUGACGCGUUUGUCAAGUCACAGUCAUUGGUACGCGCACCUGUGCUCAGGCUUGGUGAGUAUGACCAGCAGGUCACAUCUUUCGGAAUGCUUCCUUUCAGUUCUAUCACAGCUUGCGAUGACCCCAUUGGUCAUGAUGUGGAGUUUGACCGCGCACAUCUUACAGCGUCAGACUCGGCUACACCGGGAGCACGUUAUGCUGAUAGUACGAAAUUUGUUAUGAGGACUUUCGUGAAUCAAGCAGACGCCGAGAAACACGUUAGUUGGGGGCGGAGGCAGCUUGGUAUUGUGUGCGAGGGUGAGGGUAGGUACUUUUUGUGCUGUUACUGA